CAUGGACCAGACCAUGAAGUAGUACCAGUCGCUGAUCUCUGGAACGCAAUCUCCAGCAGUCCUUUCUACCAAGUCAACGAGACAUGUGAUUUGUACGAGGAGUUGCAGUCUGCCCUUGCUUCGGGGGAACAAAUAUUUUCCAUGCUGCUCGCCCCAGCGAGUGAAGAGACCAGCCUUGAUGAUGAGACGGACUCAAACUUUGGGAUCGAACUUCUAGGUGAGAUAUUGUUUCUUGCGCCUGACAAUCCAGCGUAUCCUUGGCCAACAAAAGCCCAUUAUAUUACCGCCUUGCUAUUUAGUUCUCCAAGGCUCCCAUUCUCCGAGGCGCAGAAAAAGGCAGUACUAUCUUGGGCAAGAGAGAUUGGCGCUCGUGAUGUCCCUUCGCUAUAUGCAUUGAAUCGAGUCCAGGAGUCUGUUCGAACACUUGUUGGCAAUCCAACGGAAAAGAUCACUGCACCUUCGGGCAAUAUAUUUUAUCUUAACGAUGUUGGAAAAGCAGUUGCCAAGGACUAUGCAAACCCCCUCACGCGGUUCGCGAUGCAGGAUUACCCUGAGGACGGGGACAAGGGAAUGUCCCAGGUGUUCAAUGGAGACAAAAUGAUGUUCGAACUCCCUUCGCCCCCCGCCGCUAAAGUUGACGGGGAGAUAUACUUCAUGAAUGAGCUCUUGCAGGACGUGUCGGGAGACUACUUGAUACCCGAGCGUUUCUUUCUUGCAUCGUACACAUCAAUGAAUGAUAGCGUGGACAAGCAGCUACAUGCACUUGGCCGUGCUGUACAACGAACACAGGAUGGGUUUAUUGUCAGUGACGAGCAGGAAAUGAUCCCGACAUCUAACUUUCGAAGGUCAUUCAGGGAAAUAUCUGCCAAUGACGAUGAACUC